AGCCAUCUGAACUCAUUGUCAACGGAGAGGUUUGGACAGUCAGGGCUGCAGGAGUUCAGAGGAAGCCGAGCUCUUCAGGGGUGGGGUGGUCAGGGAAGGCUGCCUGGAGGAGGAGGCAGCGGCGAUGUGAUCCGGCCCAUUGGUCUGUGCCCCUUGCCCUAAAAAGUAGGGAAGAGUUGGGCAGGGUGACUCAGAGUUGACUCAGCCCAUGUGGCUUGCCCUUUGGUUUAUGAUGGCCACCUCAGCAGCACCAACCUUUGGCCCCAAGUGAGUUCCCGUCAGCUGGGCGGAGAGGCCAGGCCAUCUCAGAGGGUUGGUGGCUUGUCGAGGGGCCCGGCAGUCCUGCACCUGCGGCCUCCAGAACUAUGGGGACAGGGCUGCACAGCCAGUCCUUGCGAGGACCCCGGCCCUCCUACGGCAAGCUCCAGGAGCCCUGGGGGAGGCCCCUGGAGGGCCGACUCCGCCGGGUGCUGAGCCUCAGGCAGAGGCAGGAGAAGUCCAGGUGCCAGGGCCUCGACGGUGGCACAGAAGGUCUGGACGCCCCCAGCGAGGAGCAGCUGCCGAGGGGCCUGGGGGACACAGAGCAGCUGAUCCAAGCCCAGCGAGGAGGCUGCCGGCGGUGGCUGAGGCAGUGCCAGCAGGUAAGGAGAAGAUGGGAAAGCUUUGUCUCCAGCUUCCCCAGCGUGAGCCUGAGUUGGUCAGCGCCCCCGCUGGGCGCCACCAGCUAAGGAUGCUGGAAACAGAGGUGGGCCCUGGCUGCACCCAGACGAGAGACCGUCGUGUCUGCUGACCACCUCUUCAUGGCCUCCGUGAACUGUCGUCUCCAUGGACGGCUCCGGCCUUCUCAAUGUGGCCUGACCAGCCUCUGCCCCUCUUGGCUCCAGCCCUCCCACCCCGAGGCCAGCUCUCAGCAAAGACCCCAACAGUGCUGAGGAGAAGGGGACUCAGCUCCAGCUUCUGGGGGAUUCUUCCCUCGGGGCAUGGGGGCCCCUUGGACUGUGAUGCAUAUGAGGGUCUUAGGAGACUGCCCAGAAGUGGGGGUGUCAGUGUCCUUGGCCCCCCACAGUCAUAAACUUCCAGGACGGAGCUCAGUGAAGUCAGGCCGUGGCUGAGGGUCCCCUGGACAAGGCCUGGUCACUGGGCCACGCCCCCUGCCCCUCCCACCCGCUGCUAAUGGUGGGCUGGGGCCCGGGUCUCCCUCACAGAUGGCGAGCCCCUCAAGGGCCAGGACCCUGUCUGGGUGGCCUCGGUGCCGGGCACGCUGGCUGAAGGGCUCAGGCCUGUGUGUCGUCACCUGUGAUCCUCCCAGCACCCCUGCAGAGGAAGCAGGGGAGGCCUUGUUCUCUCCUGUGACAGACUGGGAAACUGAGGCCCAGGUGGGGAAGGGAUUGAUUGUUCUGGGCAUCUCUGACCACACCCCCCUCCGGGCUGAACAGAAUAAUAAAGUUUCCGAGCUGAGGAA